UAAGCGUAGUGCUAUGUUUGCUAAUGCAUCCGACGUAAUUGCAAACAUGCUUCUUUUGAAUAAGCGUAACUUGGAGAGCUAGUCUCACCACGCUCUUAUUCUUGCUAGAGAGCGAGCCUGCACAGGUCACCAUCACUUCGGACACAGACAGACCGAAUAUGUCAGCUCAAAUCAUAAGCGGGAAAGAAGUUUCAGCGCAAGUGAGGGAGCAACUGAAGAAAGAUGUGGAGCAAAUGAAACUCAAGGAUCCCAACUUCAGGCCUGGCCUGGUUGUUUUACAGGUUGGAGGUCGUGAAGAUUCCAAUCUGUACAUCAGCAUGAAGCUGAAGGCAGCAGCAGAGAUUGGAAUAAAUGCAAUACAUAUGAAACUUCCAAAGACUGCAACUGAAGAAGAGGUCCUUCACAGCAUCAGAGAAGUGAACGAGAACUCAUCAGUCCACGGUCUCAUAGUGCAGCUGCCUUUAGAUUCGAUCCACAAGAUCAACACAGAAAAGGUCACAAAUGCCGUGGCUCCAGAGAAAGAUGUGGAUGGGCUGACCAGCAUAAAUGCAGGGAAGCUUUCUCGUGGAGAUCUGGGCGACUGUUUCAUUCCUUGCACACCAAACGGCUGCAUGGAGCUGAUCAGACAGACAGGUGUGUCUGUGGCAGGGAAAAGAGCUGUGGUGAUUGGUCGCAGUAAGAUUGUUGGUGCACCCAUGCAUGAUCUGCUGCUGUGGAAUCAUGCUACCGUCACCACCUGCCACUCCAAGACUGCAGAUCUGGCCGGAGAGGUGGGUAAAGCAGACAUCCUGGUUGUUGGCAUGGGCAAAGCGGAGAUGGUGAAAGGAGAGUGGAUCAAGAAGGGAGCGGUGGUCAUCGACUGCGGGAUUAAUCACAUUCCAGAUCAGACCAAGUCUAGUGGGAAGCGUGUGGUGGGUGAUGUACACUUUGCCUCAGCCAAGGAGCAGGCGGGCUUCAUCACCCCUGUGCCUGGAGGAGUGGGACCAAUGACCGUGGCCAUGCUGAUGGGGAAUACGGUGUUGAGUGCAAAGCGAUUCCUUGAGAGCCAUCAGGCUGGGAAGUGGGACAUUUCUUACACCAAGCUCAGCCUUCAGAAGCCUGUACCAAGUGACAUAGUGAUUUCUCGCUCCUGCGUUCCGAAGCCAAUUGAUCAUCUGGCCAGAGAGGUGGGCCUGCUUUCUGAUGAAGUGGAGUUUUACGGAAAAACUAAGGCCAAGGUCCAGCUGAGCAUUAUCAAACGACUUCAGUCCCAGCCGGAUGGGAAAUAUGUGGUGGUCACAGGUAUUACGCCCACCCCACUGGGUGAAGGUAAGAGCACCACAACAGUCGGCCUGGUCCAGGCCCUGGGAGCCCACCUGAAGCUCAAUGUGUUUGCCUGCGUCCGCCAGCCUUCUCAGGGACCAACCUUUGGCAUUAAAGGUGGCGCUGCAGGCGGUGGAUAUUCUCAAGUCAUUCCAAUGGAGGAGUUUAACCUCCAUCUCACUGGGGACAUCCAUGCCAUCACAGCUGCCAACAACUUGGUAGCCGCCGCAGUCGACGCUCGCAUGUUUCAUGAGGCAACACAGUCUGACAAGGCUCUCUAUAAUCGCUUGGUCCCACUCAGUGGAGGGCAGAGGACGUUCUCCCCGGUCCAGAUCAACAGACUGAAAAAAUUGGGUAUAGAGAAGACUGAUCCUUCAACUCUCACUGAUGAAGAGAUCACUCGCUUUGCACGCUUGGAUAUUGACCCAAGCUCUGUAACCUGGCAAAGAGUGUUGGACACAAAUGAUCGAUUCCUGAGGAAGAUCACCAUCGGCCAGUCGCCAACCGAAAAGGGUUACACAAGAGAGGCUCAGUUUGACAUCACAGUUGCGAGUGAGAUCAUGGCGGUCCUCGCCCUCACCAGCAGCCUGGAGGACAUGCGACAGCGCCUGGCCAGGAUGGUCGUAGCCACCAGCCGCAGCGGAGAUCCCGUCACCACCGAGGAUCUGGGAGUCAGUGGAGCUCUCGCUGUGCUGAUGAAAGAUGCCAUCAAGCCAAACCUGAUGCAGACGCUUGAGGGAACGCCUGUUUUUGUGCAUGCUGGCCCGUUUGCCAACAUCGCCCAUGGAAACUCAUCCAUCCUGGCUGAUAAAAUUGCUCUGAAGCUGGUUGGACCUGAGGGCUUUGUUGUGACAGAGGCUGGUUUUGGUGCUGAUAUCGGCAUGGAGAAGUUCUUUAACAUCAAGUGCCGCUACUCUGGCCUGAGGCCCCAUGUGGUAGUCCUGGUGGCCACGGUCCGAGCCCUCAAAAUGCACGGAGGAGGACCAACAGUUACAGCUGGGAUGCCACUGCCAAAGGAAUACGUGGAGGAGAACCUUGAACUUCUGAAGAACGGCUGCAGCAACAUGAGGAAACAAAUAGAAAACGCCAAACACUUUGGCGUGCCGGUUGUGGUGGCUGUCAAUGGAUUCAAGACGGACACUCGGGCUGAGCUCGACCUGGUCUGCAGCAUGGCCAAAACUGCCGGAGCCUUCGAUGCCGUGCCCUGCUCCCACUGGGCUGAAGGUGGCGCUGGCGCUGUGGCCCUGGGACAGGCUGUUCAGAGGGCCAGCGAGGCUCCCAGCGACUUCAAGUUCCUCUAUGAUUUGGAUCUCCCAACUAGUGACAAGAUUCGAAUAAUUGCUCAGAAGAUCUAUGGAGCAGAUGAUAUUGAACUUCUCCCGGAGGCCCAACACAAGGUGGAGCUCUACACCAAGCAGGGCUUUGGAAACCUUCCCAUUUGCAUGGCUAAGACACACCUGUCCCUCUCGCACGAGGCCGAGAAGAAGGGCGUGCCGACAGGUUUCGUCCUGCCCAUUAGAGACAUCCGAGCGAGCGUCGGCGCGGGCUUUCUCUUCCCAUUGGUCGGCACGAUGCCUACAAUCCCUGGUCUGCCCACCCGACCCUGUUUCUAUGAUAUUGACUUGGACCCUGAGACCGAACAGGUCAAUGGACUUUUCUGAAGAAAAUCCAUCCUCUCUAUAUGACUGAGAGCCUAUAGAAACAGCCUUCAACCCCGGAGGCCUUAAUAAACACUGGACGAGUUCUAACUCGAGACGCCUCGAGCUGCUUCCAUCCUAUCGUGUGAUUGAGCGUUUUUUUCCAGAAAGAUGCUUCCAGGAAUUGAUGAUUCAAGGAAUAUAAUUGCAGAACAGAUUUUUAUGCUGCACCUGGUCUGUGAUGGACCUUUUUGCUGGAACAAGCUAUCAUAUUGACAUUUUUCAUUAGGUUAUGUUUGACUAAUCUAAUGCAUUUCAUAUCUUAGAAUUCCUAAAUCAACAAACACAACCGUUUAAGCCUUGCAUUAGCUCUCUGUUUAUAUUUAACACUACAUUGAAAGCUAGUUCUCUAGUGUCUUUUUCUUUAGGAGUAAUUGCCUCUUUUUUUUAAAUAUACUGUACUUCAUUAUGUUUUAAAUCUUGUUUUUUUUUUAAUCUACCAAAAAAGGACAAAAUAAAAAGUG